AAGUUACAAGUUCGCCUAUUGUUGUCGCAGAGUGCAGCGCAGCUCCGAUCGCCCCAGUCGCCGCAAACCAUCGCCAUCGCGAAAAAUUACGAUUUCCCGAUCCAAAAUUCGAAAAUCGGGGAAAACGUGAUCGGUAGCCGAAUUUUGGAAACACCAAAAAUCUUCGUUCUGUGUGCUGGUGCGCUGUUCGAACUUACGACCAUAGAUUCAUUUAGAAUUUCGCUGUGUAUCAUCAUAUUCCGAUAUCAGUAACGUGAAUGGUUUCAUCAUAUUCCGAUAUCAGUAACGUGAAUGGUCAACUGAGAACUGUCGAAAAAGCUUCAAUUCGUGUUCUGUUGCGGUUCGAAGUUUUAAAUAAAGACCACUCAAGUUUUCGAGUCCUAUAAAUUCCUGUAAAACUUUCGAUGUUGAUCCAAUCAAAAACGCGCAAAUCGGAAACAACGUAAACAGUUGACUGAUCUCCAGCGUUGCUGACAAAGCUUUCACUUCGUGUGUUAAUGCUGCUGCAAGUUGAUGAACUGACUACUAAAAUUGUUUGAUUCCAAAAAUUUCUGAUAAUUUGUGCGUUGAUUCGUCGAUAUCUGAUCGAAAACGCGCGAAUCGGAUAGCAAAGUAAAUAGUUGACAGCCCUCCUGAACUUCUGGAGGAGGAAAAUUGUUCCGUGCGAUGGUGAAAUUCAAGAUGUCUGGUAGUCUUAAGAUGGCGAACACUCAAAUUUUCAGAUCACGAUAGACAUUUUUGCAUGAUCUCCGCAUUGAAUUACUGAGUAAAAAUUUUAUUGGCCGCUCCUAAGUGAUUAUAUCGACGGGAAUUAAAUAAUGAGUGAUGAGCAACUACUUCUGAUGACUUUACCAGAAAAUGACGACGAAGAUGAAGAACAUAGACGACGAAUAAAUCCUGCCAGAAAAAAAACUGUUAUCAAAGGACGAAGCCCUCGAUAUGUAAACCAAGGGGCAGCAAACGUAAUGAAACAAUGGCCAUCGCAUCAUUCUCACAUGCACUUUUUGCUGACAUUGGCGGCAAUUUUGUUCCUUAUUUUUUUCUUCCUCCUGUACAUCUCAUGCUUUCGGAAGAAUCCCCUGGGUCCCAUUGACGCAGAAAAAAGAAAAUGCAUUGCAGAAGAUUUCAAUCGAAUUAAGCGGCUGUACAAGAAAGUGUUUGGUGCUCACAAAAAGACUCUUGACGAAGACUGUAAAGAUUUUUACGAUAGGGAAAGGGCUCUGGUGGAGUUGGAAAAUUCUACAUCGGAGUCUCAAAUCUAUUCAUUAAUUAAUGAUUGUAAUAUAUUUUACGUUCAUAGUGAAAGUAUGCCUUUUAGUCAUUUAAAAGCUUGCGCAAUGGAGUCAGCAUUACGCUAUGCACCCGAUAAGCAAUUUUUUUUCAUCAGGCUUACAAAGUGUUCACCAAAAGCAGAGCAUAUGGAGGAUGGCGAGACUGACAUGAAUUCUCUAGUCCAUAAUUUAACCGCAGUCCUUCGCAAUGAUUAUCCGAACCUAAAAAUUGUGACUACUGAUGGUUGUAAAUAUUUUUCAGGGUCACCAUUAAAAGACUUGUGGCAGGAUAACUCUGAAUUAAUAAAUAAGGCGGCACAAAUACUGACAGUGUGGCGAUUUGGAGGAACAGUCCUCUCGCUCAAUGCUCUAGUCACAAACCGCAAGCUUUUCGAGCAAAUAGAAAGUUCGGUAGAAGUUUGCAAAUUUUUAAUUAGAUCACGAUUGCAGUGCAAUAAUUUCGUUCGAGAGUUACUCCUGCAAAUGAGAGAAAAGCUGGUUCCAGCUGGCAACUCUAAAAACAAGACUGUUUCACCAAAUAAUUCCACAAGUACUGAACUCAUUAGCGAUGUGAUAGAUAAAAGUCUGGAAAAUUUUUGCCACAAUCCUGUUGGCUGUACAGGAGUUAGAAGGAUAGAGAGAUCCAAAAUAUGUAAGCAAGUGGAGGAGCAGUGUUAUCUUCUUGAUUUUAAAGGAUGGAGACAAGAAAAUUUGGAUUGGCAAAAAUCCAUACAAUAUUUUUGCCCAUCUAUAACAAGGAGAAGCAUGAAUUUUACCAUUUAACAUGAUUUUACAGCAAGCAUCCUUCACUGAUCUCAGAAGUGAAAAUCUUCGUGUAGAGAGAAAAACGCCUUCCUAAUCUUGUAUGUGAUUGCAUAUUAAAUUCAACUAGCUUGAGAGCUUGGAAAAAAAGAAUUCCUAUUUCUCACCAGUAUUUUGUACAGACGUUUAAAAUAGGUAGGACUUUAUGUUAGAUUUCUUUUUGACUUUUUUAAUUUCUUACAAAGCAAUCAAAAGUGUGAUAUUUUCUUUGUAAAUAAACUUUUAUUUCUAAACAUUUCUAUCAA